AUUCAUUCCAAAAUCAGAUCUAAUUACUAAAUCGACCAUAUAUAUAUAUAUAUAUAUACACCAUCUCUCUAAACCCUCAUCCCCUCUUUGAUGAAUUUCACAAGCACUAACCAUAUCCUUAAGUUAAAAGCCCUCUCAACUCUUCUAUCCCUUCUUCACCACCAACAUCACCAUGCAUGAAACCAUUGAAUUCAUUACCAUCUUUGCCUCUCCUAAACGAAACUGAUAAUUAAACAAAGUUAAAAUACAAACAUAAAACUCUCUCUCUCUCUCUCUAUACACACACACACACGCACUUUCCCUUUCCUCUUUCCCUGAAAAGAUGUCCUCCGCCGAUAACACCGCCGCCGCCGCCACGGCAAAAGAAGAGAGCCAACCCACUUCCGGCAACCGCAAAACGGCGUCGUCUCGGCCAUCGGAGCAGGCCCUGAAGUGCCCUAGAUGCGACUCUCCCAACACCAAGUUCUGUUACUACAACAACUACAGCCUCACGCAGCCGAGGCACUUCUGUAAGACCUGCCGGAGGUACUGGACCAAAGGCGGCGCCCUCCGCAACGUCCCCGUCGGCGGCGGCUGCCGGAAAAACAAGAAGAUCAAGUCCUCCUCUCGCCUCUCCGGGGGCACAGACUCCAAAGACUCGAGCUCUCCCUCUUCGGAUCAUCACCAUCACUUCGGCGCAGGCUUGAACUUGAAGUUCUUAAACGGUAUUUCACCAGCGAUGGAUUUUCAGCUUGGUGGGCUAAGUUCCUUCCCUACUACAGGCAGGCUUUCAACGUCGACUGGAAUAAUCUACAACCCACUUUCUUCUUCUUCUUCUUCUUCUUCUUCUUCUUUUGGAGAUUCUUUAGCCUCUAACAACUCUUCUGCUUUGAUGGGUUCCUUUGAUUAUCCACUGUCGUUGGGUAGUGGAAGUAGUAUUGGUGGGUUUGGUGGUGCGAUACAAGGCAAUAAUCUUGCUAAUCUCAUGAGCUCAAGUAAUACCAAUGUCCGUACGAGUCUCGCUUCUUCCAUAGAAUCCUUGAGUUCGAUAAACCAAGACCUUCACUGGAAGCUACAGCAGCAGAGAUUGGCCAUGCUGUUAGGUACUACGGGAGAUUCUCAGAAAGAUCAGAUCAGUAGUACUGGAUGUGGUGUUAAUAAUUCUUUGGUUCUUAAUCCCCUCGGAAACCCGACGACGACAACGACGACCCAGAAAUUGUCUCAUCAAACGGUGCCCAUUUUGUUUCAGAAUCUGGAGAUUUCGAAGCCUGAUCACAGCCUGCAGGUUCAAGCGAGGAAAGAGGUUGCGAGUGGAGAUCACGCGGCGAAUAAUAUGGAGUGGUUCUUUGGGAAUUCUUUUGCGCAACAAGCUCACCAUGUGACUGCUCAGACUCCGAACAAUAGUGGCUGUACUAACGGCAACGAGAACGCGACUGCUUGGAACAGUAGUGGAGUUCAAGCGCCUUGGAGUACUACUGACUUGCAGCAAUUUAGUGCUUUACCUUAGAUGAUGAUGAUGAUGGAGAUGAAUGAUCACGAAGUAUUAUUCAAGAGGUAGAAACCUUAAAUAGGGAAAAAGAUCAUAUAUUGAAUUAAUCAUGUUAUAAUCAAGUCACGUACACCUCCCAUUUUACGCAUAUGUUGUUGGUUUGUUUUUUGUUGGGUGUGUAUCCAAAUGUGUAAAAGUUGGUAACAGAAAGGAGGACAAACAGCGUUUUACCCUAGGAAAAAAAAAAAAACUGAUCAUGUUUAUAAAUUAUCAUUGUUAUUAUUCAGCAAGACCGAUGUUGAUCAACUGUCGGAUGAUCAGCUCUAAUAUUUUAUAAUUUGUGGUU